UACCAGCAUUUUGCACGAUUUUUUUUGUUUCCUAAUGAAAUAUGAUGUUUAUAAUGAUACAGAUCUUUAUAUUAGUCACUUAGAAAAUCUAUCAAACAACUUUUCAAACGUUCGUGGUUCAUUACACACCGUCUGUGCUCUAUGGAACCGUAUCAAUACCUAGUGAUCUCUUUACACAUCAGUCUCUCAAAGAUAUUUUAGUUUAUCUAUUCGUUUGUAUACUAUCCAUAGGCACGCGCAUCCAUUAACUUGAAACCUAUGAUUAAUACUGAGUGAAGACUUUCUUUAAAAAAAUUGCUUGUAUCUGCUUCAUUUUCUAUCAUUGGUCGACCUUGUAAUUCUUGUUAUUUAUUAUUAUGCCUCAAAAAUCGAAAAGAAGGUCUCAAUCAGUCGCAGCUAUUAGAAGCCGUUGGGCAAAGGAAAGUAUCGAUCAAUCAGGCGAUGUUUUUUUUAAUCCGAAAAUUUCCAUCAAUGUGCCUGAUAUAGAUGAAAACAAAACACAAGAUAUCUUAAAAAAUAACAUCAAUAUUUUGGAUAUUGGAAAUUCAUUCGAAAUUCUCAAAUAAGAUACUUCGUUACGAUCUUUAUCCGUGUUACUUCAUCUAUCAUUAAUGUGUUUCGAUAUUCCUUGGCGAAAAAUUGAUUCAUUUCUGAAAGACAUUGGUGGACUCAGUGCUGAAAGUUGUAACAAACGGAGUAGAAUAUUAAUUGAAGAAGACCUAGAAGAGUUUUUAGAGGACAAUAGAGGUGGUAAACAUAGUGAAAGUUUUUUUGAUAUAUAUCCUGAAUUAGAAUCUUUGGCCAAGAUAUACGCCGUAGAGGCGUACAAAAGAAAGGCCGCAUCGUUUACGUGUUAGGAACUUGCAGAAUAUUUAGAUGAUCAAUAUUAUGCUCUAACUGGACAGGUGAAAAACGUGCCACAACUAGUUCGAUCAGAAAAAGCUUGCCGUCUUGAUUUACAUCGUUGGGGCUGUAAAUUCGAUAAGAAUACUGCUAAGCCUUACUGGAAAGGUCAUGAAAGACCGGAUGUUGUUGAAGUUCGAGCAAAAUAUGUUCGAAAUUUUCUAACGAAUCAGGACAAAUAUUAUCGACUCGAAGAAGGGAAAGAUUCGCAAUGGAAAGCACCAAAGAAAAGUCCAACCGUUCUGACAUGUAAAGAUUUAUUUUGCUAA